AUGAAGGUCGCCAUCGCAUUGCUGGCCCUUGUGGGCCUGGUCGCCGCGACCAGUUUGCACCAGGUGCAUCAGGUCAAGGUCGCCGACAAGUCCUUCCUCGAGAAGCAGAAGUUCCUGCUCGAGAUCGUCUACCGUGUUGAAGACCCGCUGGCGUUCGAGGAGUACAUCAAGCAGGGCGAUAAGUUCUACUUCGAGGAGACCCACUACACGCACUUCGACCUGUACAUGAAGAAGUUCUUCGAGGCCUACAAGGCGCAUGCCUUGCUGCCCAAGGGCGAGUUCUUCGGCGCGUUGGUCAAGUUCCAUGCCAAGCAGGCUCGCGGCCUGUUCAACUUCUUCUACUACGCCAAGGACUGGGAGACCUUCAUGACCAACGUGGCCUGGGCCCGCAUGCACGUCAACGAGGGCAUGUUCGUUUACGCUCUGACUCUGGCCGUCAUCCACCGCGAGGACCUCCACGGACUGGUGCUGCCCGCCAUCCACGAGAUCUUCCCACAGUUCUUCUUCAACAGCAAGUUCGUGUUCGAGGCCGAGAAGUUCGACUACGAGAUGUGGAUGAAGACCAGUCUGUACGAGAAGGAGUACCUGGACGUGUACCACAAGACCCACGGAUACGGAUACGGAUACGGAAACAUGUACCAGUCCAGCGACUACAUGUACAUCAGGGACUUCAAGACCUGGCAGUGGUGGAAGCUGAUGGGUCUGGGCGAGCACUGGUACAGCGAGGAGAAGUACAUCCUUCGCGAAAACAAUUACGAAUUCAACCAGGAGGGCAAGUGGCUCUCGAUGAUGAAGGACGUGAAGAAGUUCUACAUGCCAGUGGACUACACCCGCGACCUGAACCUCUACAACGAGGAGUCGAAGCUCUCGUACUUCACCGAGGAUCUGGGAUGGAACGCCUACUGGUACUACCUGAACAUGGACUACUCCUUCUUCCUGGACGGCACCACCUUCGGCCUGAAGAACGACCGUCGCGGUGAGUGGUGGCUGUACAACGUGCACCAGCUGCUCAGCAGGUACUACAUGGAGCGCCUCGCUCACGGUCUUGGCGAGAUCCCCGAGUUCUCCUGGUACCACCAGAUCGAGAUGGGCUACGACCCACAGAUGGUCUACUACAACGGCGUGGGCUUCAGCUCCCGCAAGAACUACUACGAGAUGGAGACGUACGGCAACUUUGAGAUGCUGGACAAGAUCACCGGCUUCCUGGGACGCAUCCACAACAUCAUCGCGAUGGGAUAUUACACGACUGCCGAUGGUCACACGAUCGACCUGCGCAAGCCCGAGUCCGUCGAGUUCAUUGGCAACAUGAUGCAGGGCAACAUCGACGCCAUGGACAAGAUGUUCUACCAGUUCUGGUACAUGUUCGCCCAUAUGUACUUUGCCGAAACCGACUACCCCCAGAUGGAUGUCUAUCCCAAUGUGAUGCUCAAUUUCGAGACCAUGAUGCGCGACCCCCUGUUCUACAUGUUCUACAAGUCGAUCGCCGAGGUCUACUUCCAGUUCAUGCACCACCUGCCCAAAUACACCAAGGAGCAGCUUUUGAUGCCGGGCGUCACCCUGAAGCAAGUGGAGGUCAGCGAACUGACCACCUACUUCGAUUUGGUUGACUUCGAUGUGACCAACAUGCUGAACGAGAAGAUGAUCUUCGCCGAUGGCAAGUUUGUGUGGGACAAGUCUCUGUUUGCCCGUCAGAUGCGUCUGAACCACAAGCCAUUCAGCUACACCUACACCAUCGAGUCUGACAAGGUCGAGAAGGUGGUUAUUCGCGCCUUCCUGGGCCCGAAGUUCGAUGAGUUCGGCAGGACGAUCUCGUUGGCGGACAACCGCAUGAACUUCAUGGAGAUCGACGAGUUCUACUACGAGCUGAAGACAGGCAGCAAUCUGGUAACCCGCAAAUCCGACGCAUUCACCUGGACCGUCAAGGAUCGCACCACCUACACCGAGCUGUACAAAUACACGAUGGCCUUCGACGGCAAGUACGACUUCCCCGUGGACAUCAGCGAGCCCCACUGCGGAUUCCCCGAUCGCUUAGUGCUGCCCAAGGGCUGGAAGAGCGGUAUGCCCAUGCAGAUGUUCUUCAUGGUCCUGCCGUACGUCGCCCCCGCCCACGAACAGUUCGCCACCUUUGGACAGACCUAUUCCUGCGGCAUCGGUUCCGGAGCCCGCUUCCUGGACACCAUGCCCUUCGGCUAUCCCUUCGACCGUGAGAUCGAUGAGUACGAGUUCUUCGUGCCCAACAUGUACUUCAAGGACGUGUCCAUCUACCACACCGACUCCAUGGAGAAGUACCAACAGUACAAGGGCUACUCCGACUACGGCCACUUCGACUACUCCUUCUUCAGCGACUACUACACCAAGUACUUCAAGUUGUAA